AUGAGCUCAGUCUCGUCUGGAAACUCGGACUACGGCGACGCGCCACCUGGUUACAAGGAAGCGAUCGAGUCAGGAAGCUUCGUGUCACCAAGCGACAGUGGUAUAAUCAGCCAACUUGACAUCCAAGCCAUUGGCUAUGACACGAACCAGGCCCUCACGGGUAACGUGCUGGAGAAUAUCCCCGUGCACCGCGUUGGCUCUGGCGAGCUAGAGUACACAUCCAUUCGGCUGAAGAAGAGCUCCAACUCAUGCGCUCUCAUCCGCGGGCCUGACUCUAGCCAGGCACCUCUGAUAUCAACAAUCUACCGUUGGGGCCCCGGCCGGCGUCCCAGAAUGAGGAUUCUUGCCCCGGGAACUACUGCCACGGUGGAAGAGGCAAUCAACUCGGACCACCUCGUCUGCGAGGUAGUCGAGGUCAAGAGCCGUAACAUGAUGUCGCGCUCGCAGGAACUCAAGACGUCGUUCGGCACCUUUGAGUGGCGCUACGGAGGGCGCGACGAGCGCAAGGAAGCCUCCCAGGCGUCCUCACUCCUGGUCUUGGAACGCACCGACGACGCCGCCUCUGCCUUGGCCGGUAACGGUGGCAAGGUAGGCAAGCGCGGCGUUCCAGUCGCUCAGCUUGUGCGCAACAAGGAGCUUCGUACUCAAGGCACGAGUCGCUGGAUGGGCGGCAAUGGCGGUCGUUUGAUUAUGAACCUUGGAAUGUGGGCGGACGACAAGAAAACGACUACCAAGGACGCCGAAGCUUUCAUCGUCGCCAGCUGUAUCCUCAUGCUCAAACGAGAGGCUGAUCGGUUCAAAGACAACACGAUUGCCGCCGUUGUCUAA